UAAUUUCUUUCUGACUUGAAACCAUGUUUCUGAUGGGUGGGGAAGACGGACAGACAGUGCUGCCGACCGGUAGGUUCUCGCGCCUCCAUCAAUCGGGCAUUGCAAGAUACGAAGUUCGUACGAGUACGUACCUUACGGUACAAGUAGCGUUUGACGAUUGCGAGAAAUCMGCCAAGGAAUCGACCRUUUURUUCUUACUACCAAAACUUCCAAAGAACAUUCAAUACAGGCCGUGGUCCUUGCACUGGUAGUCGCAAGCGCACUCGAUCGACCGUCUCGAACUCGCAAUAUGUCGGAACAAGAAUCAUUGYCACCAUCGACAUCGUCGUCUGCAAUUUCUUCGACAGCCGAAACAGCCGAUGGUGCUGACGGGGUAGCAACUGUUCCAGAAAACGACCAAGGCCCGUCGGGCCCGCGCUCCUCCACCGCAACCGACAGCGGCAGCGGCAACGAGGCGAGGACUCRCCGACCCAAGCGUUUCGUCGCCUCCGCCACGGACGAGGAAUUCCGUAGGGCCUGCGUGGAAAUCCUGGCGGAAAACCCUCUCUCGCUGGAGUACCCCCGCGUCUUCGAGAAGGCCGCCGAUGCCUUUGUGUCGUGGCGCAGGCGGUUCGCCACCCGCGAUCCGAAGCUUUGGAAGCGCCUGUUCGACACGGACCGGGUCGUCAAGGAGUUCGCGGAGGCGGCUCCGGUGCUGCACGCCGUCCUGCAGCUGGUCGAGAACGAGGGCGAAACAGAAACCGACAGCGGCAGAGCUCUGGAGGAACACCAGUCCUACACCAUCAUCGACCUGUGCUCCGGCAAGGGGUACCUGGGAAUGCUCCURUCGGAAAUGCUCCCGCCGUCCAAGGUCUUYCGGAUCGUGCUCAUGGACAAGGCCUGGCCGCUGCGGAACGCCGAGCUGAAGCCACACCACAUCAACUGGGAACACAUCUACGGAACCUACCCGGACGACGACGCAACAGCAACAGCAACAGCAACAGCAACAGCAACAGCAACAGCAACAGCAACAGCAACAGCAACAGCAACAACCACCCGCGAAGAAAGCGAAGAGGAGCACUCGCAACAACAACAACCACCCGCGAAGAAAGCGAAGAGGAGCACUCGCCAAUCGACACCCGCACCACCGACGAGGCUUUGCUGGAUCAACGAGAGGAAGGUGCAAACAAAGUAGCAGCAGCAACAUCAACAACAACAACAACAACAACAACAACAUCAUCAACGACAACGACACCCACUCCGCUCACUUCUGCGAAACCACCCUCGGUGUCCAAGAACCCGUCGAGCAAGUCCUACUACGACACGUGGCCGAUUCCCAUCGACACCUCCAAGCAGGACCUCAAGGCCUCGAGGCAGCUGGCGGCCAUCCAGAANCCGUCGAGCAAGUCCUACUACGACACGUGGCCGAUUCCCAUCGACACCUCCAAGCAGGACCUCAAGGCCUCGAGGCAGCUGGCGGCCAUCCAGAAGCACUAUCUCUCCAAUCCGGACGAGCACCCCGUCAUCGUCCUSGGCAUUCACCUGUGCGGGAUUCUCAGCCUCCGCGCCAUCGAUCUCUUCAACGACAAUCCCUCGGUGCGAUUCCUGGCCCUCAAGCCCUGCUGCCUGCCGGGGAUGAUCCACGCCAAGCGCAAGGAGCUCUUUGCGAUCGGCUCGUACUGCUUCCCCGCGGAGGACGUCUGUGUCCACGGCAAGUGGAGCAAGAACAAGUGGGUCAAGGGACCCCCCCGGUCUCACCUGGAGCCCAGGUUCAAGAGGUGGGCGGGGCAUUUGUACAGGGGCAUCGGCCACGACGAGGACGGCGACGGGAAAGACCACCGCGGCGGAGGGAACGGCGAGCGGAACGAAGAGGAGAAAGACGGCGACGACCGGCGGCAGCAACAGCAACAGCAGCAGCAACAAACACGCAGCGACAAGGUGCGAAAGGUCCACGCUAGAGUUUGUGUCCAGCACGACGGGGGAUUCCAGAACGAUUUUCUCUUUGCCGAGCGGCUGCCCAUGUCGUCCGAAAUCGUCUGGAAGGAACUCGAACACCACGCGGUGACGGAAACCAACCGCGAAGCAACUGRUUGACUGCGGCGCCAAACGCAAUCCAUCGCUGGGCCGUGGUGGUUCGAACGAAAACGUCGCCGUUCCAUUGGUUGCAAUGGAUGGAUGGAUGGGGUCGAGUGGAUCGAACCACGGUUUUGAUUUCGACUUUUUGAACCAAUUCGAGURGGAAUAGCUGGCGAGCUUGGCUCUCAAGAGAAUCGCAAAAGUGCAGUUCUCMUUGUUUUAACAACAAAACAUGCCGACAAACCAUAAAAUCACAAUCGGACG